UGUUUACUCCCAAGCACUUUUGCUCACCUUUUGUUUACCCUUUGUUUACUUCAGCUUAGUUCGCUCACUUCGUUCGCUCUUUGCAAUGGGAGACCUCGCGGACGAUCUGGAGAAGCUGAGCAUCUCGCCGAAGAAGAAGCCGCAGAGCUCGUCGUCAAUCUUCCUCCAAAAGAAAUUCAACUCGCUGAGCAACAACCAGAAGCAGAGGAGCAAGCCGCAGUUCGACAGGCAAAAGUUCUUCUCCGAUGAGCCUAUAGCGGUCAACGACGACUCAUGGAACAAGAAUAGACAGUACUUCAACUCCAAGCAGAAGGAGAAUCCGUUGGCGGGUGAUUCCCCCAGUAAAAAAGCACCAUACCACAAGGAUGGGCUUCCCACCGGCGCAACGUCGCUAAAGAAGCCUUCUGGCAACGUCAUUUUGAACCCUGCCAGUGAGGAUCUGAAGGACCAUAGAGACGGGAUCCAGUUUGUCAAGACAGGGUUUGACAAGUACGCCAAGAGCGACUCUCCAUUCAAGGACCCUUAUUCCAUAUUGAACAACAAGUCUAUUGAAAGAUCUGGCGCGUCGUUCUUGGACAGCCCCGAGUUGUUCAAAGAGGAAAAGGAGAUGGUUGAUAAGUUGGUGAGUAGCAUAGGGAACUCCGUCAUGGAGGACGAGAUCGCCAAGUUGAAAGAGACUGAAUUCGAAGAGAAGGAUAGACAGGUUAAAGGAUUGACUGUAAACCUCUUGGAUCAUCAGGUAUUGGGUCUAAAGUUCUUGAGGAAACGUGAAAAGGACAAACACAUCCAUAAAGGUGGUCUGCUAUGUGAUGAUAUGGGAUUGGGUAAAACUGUACAGAUGAUCUCUCUAAUAGUCAAGAAUAAGGCCAAGGAAGACGACCUUGGUAACCUCGCCGAUAUCGAAAAUAAGGAGUUCAAAGUUGUCAAUACUGAUGUUCCAAAGGUUAAGAUUAAGGCCACUUUGGUCAUCGCACCAGUCAGCUUGACCACACAGUGGAUUCAAGAGAUGAAAAGAUUUGCACCUCAUUUGAAGACUCUGUUAUAUCAUGGACCAAAUAGGGCAAAGACAUCGUUGGUUGAUUAUGAUGUUGUUGUGUCAUCCUACGAAACCAUCCGUUCUGAUUUUGAGAACAAAGCCUCCCCAAUUUACUGCGCCUACUGGCACAGAGUUGUCCUGGAUGAGGCUCAUAUCAUCAAAAACGGCAAGACUAAAACAGCAAAGGCAACCUUUAACGUUGAAAGUACAAGAAGAUGGGCAUUGACCGGUACACCGAUUCAAAACUCUGUUAAGGAACUACAAUCACUAUUGUUAUUCUUGAGAGUUUCGGAUCUCUCAAAUGAAAAGGUAUGGAAGGCAACAAUGGCUAAACUUAUCUCAAAGGAGAAAACACAAGCUUUUGAACUCAUCAGGAAAGAGUUGAAAACCAUCAUGCUUAGAAGAACAAAGGAAAUCUUACAACAUACAAAUUUCAAGCUUCCCGAAAAGACAAUUCACAAAUGUGAAAUCGAUUUCAGUAAACGUGAAAGGAAGCUAUACUCUGAUCUUCAUGAACAUUUCAAAAACGAUUUGAUGAAUAAACUGAAGGAUAAACCUGACGAUGAUGACUUUGAUGAAACCACCGAUCUGUUCAAGUCCGUUUCUCCUGUGAAAUUAGGUGCUAAGAAGAAUGGUAAAAAUAUCCACAUGCAAGCGUUGGUGUUCUUGUUGAGGUUGCGCCAAGUUUGUUGUCAUUGGAAGUUGUUGACCAAUUUAAAAGAGGACGACCUUGAAGAUAUCCAGAAGGCAAAUGGUGGUGCGAACAGUAAUAAGCUGGAUCCGAUGGCAUCUCCUUCCAAGACCCCUGCGCCUUUAGACAUGGAUAAGGCGUUGGACAAUUUGGCUAAUAUAAUGGGCGGGCUGACGGUGGAAGAAACCAAGUGUGAAGUCUGUUUUGUCGAGCCGGUUGAAUCUGGCGAAGGUAAGAUUUGCAGAUCUUGUCUCAAACUACAAGAACAUACCAAGAACACUGAAAGCGCCAAAGUACUAAAAGUAUUGGAUAUCUUGAAAAGAGAUCCAACGAGGAAAACGAUCAUAUUUUCACAGUUUAGAGAGUUGUUGUUGUUGUUAAAACCUGUUUUGAAGAAGCAUGGAAUCAAAUCCGUUAUGUACGACGGUAAACUAUCCCUUUCUGAGAAGGAUAAGGCAUUGGAUAAACUAAGAAACGACGACGAAACUAAAGUGUUGUUAUGCUCUUUGAAAUCCGGUGCGGUCGGUUUAAACUUGACCGUUGCAUCCCAAGUGAUUCUCUUCGACCCAUGGUGGAAUCCUCAGAUUCAGGAACAGGCAAUUGAUAGGGUCUACCGUAUCGGGCAGACCAAACCUGUUGAUGUUUACGUGUUAGCUAUCAAGGAUACCGUUGAGAUCGGAAUUCUAGAAUUACAGGAGAAGAAACGUGCCAUUGCACAAACCGUCAUUGGAGGUGAUAGCACUGCACAAAGCAAACUAAACACGCUAUCUACAGCGGAACUCAUGAAGCUAUUUGGUGCAUACAAGGGAUAGAUAUCUGUUGGUGAAGAUUCAAUUGUAUUAUCCUGAUUCCCCCCGUCUACC